AUGAAGCACAUUGCAGCCUACCUCCUCCUCACCCUCGGUGGUAAGGAGUCUCCCUCCGCCGCCGACAUCAAGUCUCUCCUCGAGACUGUCGGUAUCGAGGCCGAGUCGGAGCGUCUUGACAAGCUCAUCGAGGAGCUGCAGGGCAAGGACAUCAACGAGCUCAUUGCCGAGGGCAACCAGAAGCUCGCUUCGGUCCCCAGCGGUGGUGCUGCCCCCGCUGCCUCGUCGGGUGCCGCUGCCGCCGCCGGUGGUGCCGCCGCCCCCGCCGAGGAGGAGAAGAAGGAGGAGGAGAAGGAGGAGUCCGACGACGACAUGGGCUUCGGUCUCUUCGACUAA